AUGACUAAUAAUUCUUUGAGUGGAGUGAUUCAAGAUUGGAUACUGAACUUCAAAAUUAACAUAGAUUUAUCUUACAACAAUUUUACAAAGUCUUCUGCAACUAGCUGCCAGCAUCUGAAUCUGAACUUGGCUUCGAGCUAUUCGUCUUCAGCGGUCACUUCACCUUCAACGUUUUGUCUGAAGAGGAACCUUCCUUGCGCAGGAAAACCUCAAUAUGAUUCAUUGUUCAUAAAUUGUGGAGGACCAGAAGAAGAUUUUGAUGGAAAUCACUAUGUAGGUGACCUGCAGGAAAAUGGAAUUUCAAAUUUUGUUCUAAGAAAUGCAGGACAAUGGGCUUAUAGCAGCACAGGAGUGUAUAUGGGAAAUGUUCAUGCAGAUUAUAAAGCAUCAAAUACAUAUUCUUUGAAUAUUAAUGGCCCGGAUUACUAUAACACUGCUCGGCUUUCCCCUCUGUCACUUAGUUACUAUGGCCUUUGUAUGCAGCAGGGAAGUUACAAAGUGAAGCUCCACUUUGCUGAGAUAAUGUUUUCUGAUGACCAGACUUUUAAAAGUCUCGGAAGGCGCAUAUUUGAUGUUUCAAUUCAAGGUUUUAAAUAUUUGAAAGAUUUUAACAUUGUGGAAGAAGCUGGUGGAGUUGGAAAGGGAAUCACUAAGGAAUUCGAUGUUGAAGUCAACGACAACACGUUGGAAAUUCAGUUAUAUUGGGCAGGGAAAGGAACCACGGCCAUUCCUGACAGAGGUGUAUAUGGACCUCUUAUAUCAGCUAUCACAGUAACACCAAACUUUAAAAAUCAUUCAGAAGGAAUGUCCACUGGAGUUAUUAUUGGAAUUGUGGCUGCGUCAUGUGUGCUUGUCGUACUCAUAGUCUUUGCCCUUUGGAAGAUGGGUUUCCUUUGUGUAAAAGAUCUAAGAGACAAAGACCUUCUUGAUCUUAAAACAGGUUAUUUCAGCUUGAGACAAAUUAGAGCAGCUACUAAUGACUUUGAUCCUGCGAAUAAGAUUGGCGAAGGGGGUUUUGGACCAGUGUUCAAGGUAACAUAUUAUGCAUAG